AAGAAACCCAACAUCUCCUAAAAUCCUACUCCGUACAAUUAAUUCCGCCUCUCCCACACAUCGUUUCACUCUCUUCUUCCUCUUUUGGUUUCUCCUCCCAGAAUUCCGAAGCGAAUCUAAUCGAACUCAGUUUCUCAAGUUUCCUCUUUCUACUACUAGGUUUCACUCGCAAUCGCCAUGGACCCGGAGCCGAGCAACACUGGUGCCGGAAACCCUACCGAAAAUCGCAAGGAAGCUACCACAAAAGUGCCGUCCAAGGACCCUAAGAAGAAGGACGACAAGAAGGAUGAAGAUCUCUCGGAGGAGGACUUGGCUUUGAAGCAGCAAUUGGAAUUGUAUGUGGAGCGAGUUCAGGAUCCCGAUGCUGGGCUACAAAGAGUUGCUCUUGAGAGUAUGAGGCAGGAAAUUAGAUCAGCGACAAGCUCUAUGACUUCCGUUCCAAAGCCUUUAAAAUUUCUCCGCCCACAUUAUGGGACACUGAAAGCAUUUUAUGAAACAAUGAGCGACUCUGAUCUGAAGGAAUUUCUAGCAGAUAUAUUGUCCGUUUUGGCAUUGACCAUGUCGGCAGAGGGUGAAAGGGAGAGCUUGAAGUAUAGGUUACUGGGAUCUGAAGGGGAUAUUGGUUCAUGGGGUCAUGAAUAUGUGAGAAAUUUGGCUGGAGAGAUUGCACAAGAAUAUUCAAAACAGCAUCAGAAUGAGGAAGCCCCAUUUGAUGAUCUCAUGGACCUUGUACAGCAAAUAAUUGCUUUUCACAUGAAGCACAAUGCAGAGCCUGAAGCCGUCGAUCUUCUCAUGGAGGUGGAAGAUCUUGAUUUGUUGCAAGAGCACGUGGAUGAAAAAAAUUACAAAAGGACGUGUCUUUAUUUGACUGCUGCAGCAAAAUAUCUUGCAAGCCCUGAUGAUAUGCUGGUCCUGGAUAUUGCACAUUCUAUAUAUAUGAAAUGUGAAGAGUAUCCCUCUGCACUUCAGGUUUCAUUAGUCCUGGACAACUUGCAGUAUGUGAAGCAUAUUUUCACAUCUUGUAAUGACCUCCUGCGGAAGAAGCAAUUCUGUUACAUCCUUGCACGACAUGGUGUCUUAUUUGAGCUUGAUGACAACAUGGUUUUGGAUGAUGAUGAAAGGGAGCAAAUGCAAGAUAUUAUCAACAAUUAUAAGUUAAGUGAAGGUUAUUUGACCCUUGCUCGUGAUAUAGAGGUCAUGGAAGCCAAAUCACCUGAAGAUAUAUACAAGGCUCAUUUACUUGAUGGCCGUGCUAGUGCUGGUGCAACUGUUGAUUCUGCAAGACAAAAUCUGGCUGCUACAUUUGUGAAUGCAUUUGUAAAUGCUGGUUUUGGACAGGAUAAACUGAUGACUGGCCCUGCUGAUUCUUCAAGUGGAAGUUCUUCUGGGAAUUGGCUUUUUAAAAACAAAGAACACGGGAAAACUAGUGCUGCUGCAAGUUUGGGUAUGAUUCUGUUGUGGGAUGUUGAUUCUGGACUUGCACAACUAGACAAGUACUUCCACAGUACUGACAAUCACGUUAUUGCUGGUGCAUUACUUGGUGUUGGGAUUGUAAACUGUGGCGUGAAAAAUGAUUGUGAUCCAGCUCUGGCACUUUUGAGCGAUUAUGUUGAUAAAGAAGAUCCAGCUAUCCGAAUUGGUGCCAUUAUGGGUCUGGGCAUUUCUUAUGCAAACACACAGAAUGAACAGCUACGCAGCAAGCUGACUCCGAUUCUUGGAGACACGAAUGCUUCUCUUGAUGUUAUCGCCUUCACUGCAAUUUCUCUGGGUUUGGUUUUUGUUGGUUCCUGCAAUGAAGAGGUCGCACAGGCAAUUAUAUUUGCAUUAAUGGAUCGCAGUGAGGCUGAUUUAGGGGAGCCACUUGCCAGGCUUCUACCUCUGGGCCUUGGUCUUUUGUAUCUGGGGAAACAGGAAAGCGUGGAAGCAACAGCAGAAGUCUCAAAGACUUUCAAUGAAAAGAUUAGGAAACAUUGUGAUAUGACUCUUCUUUCUUGUGCGUAUGCUGGAACCGGAAAUGUUCUAAAGGUCCAGAGCCUCUUAGGUCACUGUGCCCAACAUCUUGACAAAGGUGAAACACACCAGGGACCAGCUGUUCUGGGGAUUGCCAUGGUAGCCAUGGCAGAAGAAUUGGGUGUUGAAAUGGCAAUUCGUUCACUAGAACAUUUGUUGCAGUAUGGAGAGCAGAAUAUUCGCCGUGCAGUUCCUCUCGCACUCGGUCUCUUGUGCAUAUCAAACCCUAAAGUGAAUGUUAUGGAUACCUUGAGUAGACUGAGUCAUGAUUCUGACUUAGAAGUUGCAAUGGCUGCCAUUAUUUCGUUGGGCUUGAUAGGUGCUGGUACCAAUAAUGCUCGAAUUGCUGGCAUGCUGAGAAAUUUGUCCAGCUAUUACUACAAGGAUGCCAGUGCUCUCUUUUGUGUUCGGAUUGCUCAAGGUCUUGUACACAUGGGAAAGGGUCUUUUAACCCUCAACCCUUAUCAUUCUGACCGUUUCUUGUUAUCACCGAGUGCGCAUGCUGGUCUUGUAAUAAUGCUUCAUGCAUGUCUUGAUAUGAAAGCCAUCAUUUUGGGGAAGUAUCAUUAUAUGCUCUACUUUCUUGUCCUUGCAAUGCAGCCAAGAAUGUUAUUGACUGUUGAUGAAAACCUCAAGCCUCUCUCAGUACCUGUUCGGGUUGGUCAAGCAGUUGAUGUUGUUGGCCAGGCGGGUCGACCUAAAACCAUAACUGGAUUUCAAACUCAUUCAACUCCAGUUCUUCUCUCCGCUGGUGACAGGGCAGAACUUGCCACAGAAAAGUAUAUUCCUUUGUCAUCCAUACUCGAAGGCUUUGUCAUCUUGAAGGAAAACCCAGAAUACAGAGAGGAGCAUUAACCUUCUUAUCAGGCUAGGAAAGAGACUUUAAAUGAUUCUAUCAACGAUUAAGCUUGGCCUCAAAUUAGAGAUGUGGGGUUUAGUUUAUUUGUGGGGGCUGGAAUGUUUUUCUUUGAGAAGAAAAUGGUGUCAGUCUGUUACAGAUGCCCUUGAUUCUGCUGAUAAGGCUGCUACUGUGCGUAGUUGGCCAGCCUGAAAUCGUCAAUCGCCGGGACUGUUAGCCAUGGCUGCUGAUGAGAUGGAUUGUUGUAAAAUUACAUGAAUUUCAAUGUUUUUUGUAGCAGAAAUUAUAGGUAGCUUAGUUUUUAUUUAUUUAUGAAAUUUAUUGUGCUGUUCUCAUUUUUAACAUUACAGUUACUUAUUUUGUCUAUGGUCUCGUGAUUUUUCACUUUUA